CCUGACAUCAUGAAGAAGUCUUUUUUUUUGGUACUAUCGUUGAAGAGGCCUAUGGCUGCAGCGGUUUGCAGGUGCCUUGCCAAUCCGUCGAGUUUAAAGAGCCUUGUCGAGACCACUUCCUUAUAUAAAAAAGGAAGCUAAAUAGAAAAAGAAACCGUGUUAAUGGAUAUAAUGUCUGCCGGUAUCACGACUCACACUCACGUAUCCCAAGCGGACAACGAGUUUUUGCCCGAGUCUUGAGAAACUCCACGACCUGUUUUUUGUUUGCGUGAACGAAUGCUGUUCUAGUCUACUUCGAAAGAAGUUAUUGCUCGUCGUGUCGGUGAACAAUUGUCGUAACUGAAGUAGGAGUAGACGAGCAGUUGGUGCUCUACACCACGACACUUCGUGUGCAGUAGAUAGUGUACUUACAACGACCAAGGGGCACCAGCGUAGGCCCGCUUGCGAGGUAGUAGUAGAAGUACGUAAAAAAUGGCUUUGAUCAUGAUUAAAAUGCGCCGUCGGCAACAUCAUACACACAGUACAGUACUCAAUUUUUACAAGGCGCGGCGCAUUCCGUUCGUAGUUCCCCCCCUAGCUUUGAACCGAGAAAAAAGUAAAAACGAUCCCACGGGUUUUACAGCCAGUUUUAUUUGAGAAACUUUUUUGCCGAACAAGAACUCUUUACGUCUCGUCGUCUUCUUGCUUCAUCUCUUUGAUCUCGGAAAGAAAACAUAAAUGGCGAAUUCUGCCCCGCCAGACCCCUCUACCCUCCCCGUUCCGCUGAAUAACGGGGCAACGGUGGAGUUUUUGAUGCGUAUGUCGCGCGGCAGCUGAACGGGGUCCAACUACCGGCGCUCCCCCUUCACCGGCGGGGGGUGCGAGCCGCGGCUCCCCUUCCCCAUGAACGGGGACCACGUGCAGGGGGUUCUGUAUCCGGUGCCGCCGGACAAGAUGCGACAGCAGGGGGCCGAGAGCGCAAAAUGGAUGUUGGUGACCGCGAUCAAGCGCCGGGGGCAGGGGGAGUGGCAGCCGCUACGGGGCGAGCAGUGGAUAUGGCGUUUUCAAACGUUACGUUCUCAGCUGUUGCAUGAAUUUGUCGUGCAAAAGUACCUUAAGCCGGCAGAUGAUCGAGCUGCUUCGCAUGACAAAUUUCGGAAGGGCUAGACAGCAUCUAAAUCUGCGCCAAACCUGUAAUGCAAAAGGCGCAAUCUUCCUCCUUUCACUGUUGCCAGUCUUGCAUGACAAAUUCAUGUAACAGUUGAGAAUGUAACAUUUGAGAAUGCCAUAAUGGAUGCCGGAUAACGGGGGCCCGAGCAACGGAGGGCAGUGGCUGCACCCGAUUGAGGAGUAAGCUAAAACCCUGUAGCAAGCUAGCUGCACCAGGGCACUGUAGGGAGCGGCACCAUUUGGAUUUUACUCUUUCCCGAAGAGCAAGAUGAAGAUUGAAGAUCCCGCUCCGAUCUGUCAUAGCGCGAAGACGACUUCCUGUCGUGGCUGCUGCAAAACGUGUGAAGAAAGUGGGGCGCAGCUUUGGAAGUAGUAUAUGUGGAUGAAAUUAUCUACUUACUUGAUUGAACAUCAUGCGCGUAUUUUUUCUUGAUGCCUGCCGUGAAGAUGCGUCCGCUUUCCGAUCGCGGAAUGAGGGGACGGAUCUGAUUUAGUACUAUGCAGAUGUUCAUCAGACACAGAGAGACUCGUGUCGAUGAAUCGGGUUUCAAAAAAAGUCAUCAAUGUACUUAUCCAGACAAGGAAACGAACGUUCGUAGAAACGUCAAUGACAAAGAACUCAGUGUGUGGCGGCGCCACAUUGCGGGCGCGGCGUCGACCGUAGACAAAUGAAGAUUUCUACUUAUUUGAAAACCAGCGGACUUGCUUCGCUUCUAAAUCCAAACACAUCUCUGGAACGACCACGGUACCGCAGAAGCAAGCAC